ACGGGCACAUAGUACUCAGGCUAAUGAUAUGAUCAUACCCUACUGACAUGGCAUUACUAAUCUAGCACCUGGACUCAUCAAGCAUUUGGCAAGUCGUCUCGAGCGUCUGGCCUAUGUCAGAGGAAUUAUGUUCUACUACAUUUCAUUCUUGCGGCCACCCCCCACCCAAGCUGCCUUAUCCGGUGAACCCAUCCUCAUCACCCCUCAAAUCGCCAAUGAUCUACGGACAGAAUAUCACACAGAUGUUCAAGAUAUAUUCUAUUCGUGGUCCUUGCAUUCGCCCACGCCAAGCUCAGUAAUAACAAAGCCCGUCAAGUUGACGAGCUGGAAGGCAUCUACGAUGUACAAGGAAAUACCCGUCCCACCCCCUCGAAAUGUCCGUAAUGGAGAGUAUUGGCGCCUUAUCCUUAGCCCUGGGACAUCACGAAAAGAUCAGGUACUUUCCCUGAAUGAUGAAAAUCUUGGGCGCCAACCAUUCCCCGUCUUCUCCGAUCCUAUCUUUUUCUCCGCUCGCCCAAACAAUAUUGUAAAGCAGGAGCGGAUCCAGAGAGCAUAUGCGUUAACUGCGAUUAAUAGAGACCAACCUGUGAUAUUCCACAUCAUUGAACAAACCUCCUUUGACCUUGACAAGAAAAUAUGGGACAGCGGUAUCGGCCUUAGCUCUUGGUUAAUUCAACUUUACUCUGCGAUGGUUCCCAACGCCACCCUAGUUUCAAAGGUGAAGAAUACACUCUUCGCUUCCAAAUGCGAUGUUCUCGAGCUAGGCGCAGGGACCGGCGUAGUCGCUAUCGUUCUUGGUAUUUUGCAACGCUUUAAUUCUCCUAUCAUAGCAGGAAAAAUCAUAACCACCGAUUUGCCCUCUGCUCAGCCUCUAUUACAGAGCAAUAUUAGUUCGAAUCUUUCUCUAUACCACCCUGGAAACGUACCUGAGGGCGUUACUCUCGAUUGGAAUGAACCCGACAUAUCCACUCAGGUGGCAUCAUUUGUCAGUGGCAUCGAUGUGAUCGUGAUGGCAGAUGUUACAUAUAACGCUGCAUCGUUUUAUUCACUCAUCGAAACACUCUCCAGGCUUAUCAUAUUCUCAAUGAGUAUCGCACCAGCCAAACCUCCACUGAUCAUUCUUGGUUACAAAGAGCGAGACGUGGCAGAACGUACUCUUUGGGAAAUGACAAAGAAGAUCGGUAUACAUUUUGAGGAGGUCGCACAAAUUCCUGGAGCGGAGGGUAAACCUGUUGAGGUUUGGGUGGGGACGGUGUCAGUGAAUGACAGUGAGCUUACGAUGUCAUAAUCGGAAGCGAAAUUAGUAGGAUCCGCGAAGUAUUAAGUAGUUGAGGUAUGAAGCACUAGCUUGCGAACAAGUACAGAUGACUAGAAUUAACAGCAAAAUGCAAUACAAGCAAUGCAAGCUAUGUAGUGCUGAGAUAGUGUUGAUGAUGGAUGGUAUACUUUGGAUGUCAGAUCUGUCAAAGUGGCGGAAGGGGCCUGCGGCAGUGGGGACAAAUAUUCUAA